AAACAACAAAUUAUAUUAACAAAAAUGAGCGAGAUUAGCGGCGAGGACAACCUGGAGAAGCUGCGUGGCUAUAUUCUGCGUCCGGAUAUACCCAUUCCGCAGCCCGAUGUGCUGCCACGGCAGAUUGAUCCGAUGCGCCUGUUGCAUGUCCCAAAAUGCCCGGGCAGCACCAAGCUGGAGCCGCGCCGUGACCUGAGCGGGGAGAUACUCGAGUUCGUGGAGGUCGAUCUGGAGGAUGUGGGGGCCAAUGCCAACAAUUCGAUGUCCAUGCAACGUGAGCCGGGCCUGCUGGAGGAGGCGACGCGUGGCUCCCACAUGAACUAUCCCUUCUGGCCGGGCGGCUUUGACGAGCAGCGACAGCAGAUGGCCGCCCUGGACGUAGACAGCUUUGAUUUUGGAGAUAGUCUGCUAACAGUGCCGCCGGGUUUUGCCACAGGGCAUGACUUUGCUCAGACACAGCCAGGAGAUGGCGCUCCGCCAAUGGCAGCCACGACAGUCGAUCUGCUGGACAAUCUGGAGCAGGAUCUGGAUGUGCAGGAAUGGAUGCAGAUGACGCGCACCGAGAAUGUUCCUGUCAAGGGUCCGCAAGUGGAUCUAAAGUUUCCCUCCGGCAGCGCCGAGUACCAGGAUGUGGAUGAUCAGAUUAUGAAAACGGAUCUCAAGCCGGUGCUGAACAUCUCCACCACGGCCAAGACCUUCAGCAGUGAUUGGGCGGAGAUGGUGGACAUUAGCCAGCCGAUUAGUAACUUCAAGGAGCAGAUACCCUGCCCCGCCAUGGAUUUCCCCUUCGAGCUGGAUGUCUUCCAGAAGCAAGCGAUCCUCAAGCUGGAGCAGCGACAAUAUGUCUUCGUGGCGGCCCACACAUCUGCAGGCAAGACCGUGGUGGCCGAGUAUGCCAUCGCGCUGUCCAAGCGGGAUCUCACGCGCACCAUUUACACGUCCCCGAUCAAGGCGCUCUCGAACCAGAAGUAUCGCGACUUUCGCAAGACCUUCAAGGAUGUGGGCCUGAUCACGGGCGAUCUGCAGAUAGAGCCGACCGCCUCCUGCCUGAUCAUGACCACCGAAAUCCUGCGCUCGAUGCUCUACUGCGGCAGCGACAUCACCCGCGACCUGGAGUACGUGAUCUUCGACGAGGUGCACUACAUUAACAACCCGGAGCGCGGUCAUGUGUGGGAGGAGGUGAUCAUCCUCCUGCCCGACCAUGUCAACAUCAUCAUGCUGAGCGCCACAGUGCCCAACACCAUGGAGCUGGCCGACUGGGUGGGCAGCACCAAGAAGCGCAAGGUCUAUGUGAUCAGCACACUGAAGCGCCCGGUGCCGCUGCAGCACUUUCUGUACACGGGCGCGGGUGGCAAGAGUCGCGACGACAUCUUUCUGCUGGUCGAUGCCAAUGGGAAGUAUCUGCAGGGCAACUACGAGAAGGCCGUGGAGCGCAAGAAGGAGAUGCAGGGCAAAUCGAAGGGCGGCGCAGGCGCCAGUGGGGCCAAGAACUAUGUGAAUGCCAAGCAGGAGCAGUACACGUGGAUUGGACUGAUUGACUUCCUCAAGCGCAACAACAAGAUGCCCGUGGUGGCCUUCACCCUGUCGCGCAAUCGUUGCGACAGCAAUGUGGCCGCCCUCCAGUCGGUGGAUCUCAACACGGAGAAGGAGAAGGGCGCCGUGCAAAAGUUCUUUCUGCAGUGUUUGGCCAAGCUGAAGCCACCGGAUCGCAGUAUUCCCCAGGUGAUGGUGCUCAAGGAUGCCCUGGAGCGGGGCAUUGGUGUGCAUCACAGCGGCAUUCUGCCCAUCCUCAAGGAGAUUGUAGAGAUGCUUUUCCAGAAUGGCCUCGUCAAGCUGCUCUUUGCCACGGAAACCUUCUCGAUGGGCGUCAACAUGCCCGCCCGCACGGUGGUCUUUGAUUCGCACAAGAAAUUCGACGGCCUGGAGGUGCGCAAUCUGAAGCCGGGCGAGUACAUACAGAUGGCUGGACGUGCGGGUCGCCGUGGCCACGAUGAGACCGGCACCGUGAUUGUGCUGUGCAAGGGAAAUGUGCCGCCCUCGAUGGAACUGCGUCCGAUGAUACUCGGCCUGCCGGAGAAGCUGCAGUCACAGUUUAUCCUGCGGUACGCGGUCAUUCUCACCUGCCUGCGCAUCGAGAGCAUCAAGGUGGAGGACAUUAUGCAGUUCAGCUUCAAGGAGUUCAACCAGAAGCUGCAGCUGCCCACGCAGCAGAAGCAGCUGCGCAUUGCCGAGGACAAGUUCGCCAUGCUGCCCGCCCUGGGUGAGCAUCUGCAGCCGCUGGUUCAGUUCUACGACAAGUCCAUACACUACUGGAAGGAGAAGCAUCGUGUUAUGAAAUUCAUCGUUACCCAGGCCAAAAUCCAGAAGGAACUGAAGGUGGGUCGCGUGCUUGUCGUCACGCAGGGCCAGCACUACAACAAGUUGGGCAUUCUGCUGAACAUCAAGUCUGUGCUGGGCAAGGACACCAUGUACAAGGUGCUCGUCUUGGAUCACCAGUUCAAGGGCAAGGAGACGGACGGCAGCCUGCUGCUCAAUCGCGGGGAAUUCUACUACAAAAUACUCUCGCUGACGCCCAAGAAUAAGUUCUUCCAGCCGGAGGGCAUUGGCGGUCAUGCUGUGCUGGACAUCAAGGCCAUCGAUAUUGUGGCCAUCACCAAGUCCACGUUCAAGGUGGAUGCGGACAUUGUGAUACGCAACUGGGAGCAGCGGCAGCUGGAGCGCUUCAAGGACACACCACCGGGUGCAACGGUGGUCAAGGCGGUGGCCGAUCUGCAUCAACUUAAUGAGAAUUACAUCGCCAAUGCGGACAGCAUCAAGUACAUCAAUCUGGCCAAGGAGAUCAAUGUGAAUGCGGACACUGAAGUGGAUCUGCUGCAGUCUGUCGAGCAGUUGGGGCGCCAAGUGGCGGAGCUGCUGCCACACACGAAUAUUGCCGGUUUCGAGCAGGAGUUUGCCAAGGUCUAUGAGCGCCGUAUGCUGGAGAUUCACAUCGAGGAGCUGCGCUUCAAGAACUCGGCCAAGAAUCUGUCCCUCUAUCCGGACUACUGCAACAAGCUGAAGGUCCUGCACGCCCUCAACUACAUCGAUGAGCAGAACGAGGUGACGCUCAAGGGCAAAGUGGCUUGCGAGAUGGGCCAGAACGAGCUGCUCAUCACCGAACUGAUUCUCUGCAACAUGUUCAAUGACCUCGAGCCAGCGGAGAUCGCUGCCCUGCUGUCGGGCCUGGUGUUUCAGGCCAAGAUCCAGGGCGAGCCGUCCAUACCGGAGCCCUUGAAGGAGUGCGUGGCUGCCUUCGAGCAGAUCAGCGACAAAAUUCUUGCCGAGGAGCAACGUUUCCAGGCGUCCACUGAAUCGGAGAGUCGCCUCAACUUUGGCCUGCUCGAGGUGGUCUAUGAGUGGGCCAGGAAUAAGCCUUUUGCCGAGAUUAUGAAACUGACCGAAGUGCAGGAGGGCAUCAUUGUGCGCUGCAUACAGCAGCUGGAUGAGACGCUGCGCGACGUUAAAACGGCAGCGAUACGCAUAGGAAAUCCCGGACUUCAAGCCAAAAUGGAGGAGGCAUCGGCGGCCAUCAAGCGAGACAUUGUCUUCACUGCCAGUCUGUACACGGAACUGUAAGGAGUGGGGCAUAGCCCGACAAGGAAUUGAAAUUGAAUUUCUUAAAACUAUUUAUCAUGCA